AAACCCAUUUCCAUAACACAAAAAUUUAACUCUUUUCAAAAAGUAUUAUAAUAUAUAUAAGUGUAUAUGUAUAUAGGCAGGACUUAAUUGGCGCCUAAUUUUCCCUAGCCCCCCAAAAAUUUUCACACGGUCCAAUUGACCAAAAAAAAAGUAAAAAACCCACCAGUCGGUCCCCAUUUCCCCUUUCUCUCUCUUGUUUCUCUGUGUUUACCCCCUCUCUCUCUCUUCGUUUACCCGCUCUCUCUCUCUUCAUUUCUCGACCAAUCUGCCCAGGAGGACGACGACGACGCUGUGUGUGUCUUCAUCACCUCGACGCAUGGUGGAAGCAAGAUCUGGUUAAUUAACUAUAUAUAUAUAUAUAAAUCUCAUGUUUUCUUAUCCGUGGAGUUCUGAUAAUAUGGAGGGUUUCUAACAGAUUGGAAGUCAUUCACUUUGUGGAGAUUUUAAAAAGUUGAUCUGCAUAAGUUUGGGCUGAGGCAACUAAAGAUGAUAGAUUUGGAGCUUUCAGUAGGUCACAGUAAGGUCUUGUUGACCUUGCAGCUGCUUUAUUUUAUCGGAGAUAAGCCAUCAUCAUCUGCGAAGCGGGUGAAGAGAGAGCAUGCUGAUGCACGUUUAAGAGAAAAGCUCAAAAAAGGAAAGUGGUUAUGGAGUUUGCAAGAACUCUCUUUUGUGUUACUGCUACCAGAUUCAGAGGAUGCAAUUUCAUCUAGUUCUUCCUCUUUAAAUGAGGAGUCUUCCAUUUUAAAUGAGCACAUGGUUGUGCUGUUGCCUGGAGCUGUUUAUGCUCUUUCUGUUGGUUAUAAGGUAUUUGGUGAUCUAUCUUAGUACUAGCUGGCUAUAAAUUUAUACAUCCAGUAUUCACUACAAAACUAAAACUAGAUAAUUGUUGUUGUAGACAGAAGAACUUGAGCAGGACUCAAUGCACGAACUUUUUGAAUGCUCCAUUUAUGUACUUGCGAAUAUUGAUCAGGUUUCCUCUGUUAAGGUAUUGGGGUUUUGUAUCAUUUCCUUCAAUUUUCUGUUUUGCUUUUCUUUGUGUUUUUUUUUUUCUUGUUUAUAUUAGAAAUUAUAUCUUUUUUCCUCAUUAGAUGAAUGUUACAUGUAUGUAUAUAUGCAUUGCUGAGUUGGGCCAUCUCAAAUUCCAUGGAUAUGUAGAAGAAGAUAAUUGUGAUCAUAUAGUCUAGUAAAGCAUGCCACCCUGUAUGCACCAGUUUUUUCUGGCUGCAUACUUGAUAUUUCUUUCUGUAUGUAAUGAAUUAGAUGCUAAUUUUUUUAGCAACAAUUAUCUGGUGGGUUAUAGUAGAAAUAUCAAUUUUUAACUUCAGAAUGUUUGAUUGAAAAAGGUAUUUUAAACAAUCACGAGAAAUUCAAGGCAGAUUGGGUACUUUGUGUAUAUUUUUUUUUACCAAAUAUGUAUUAUAUUAACUUGAUGUGGACCUAGUCUUUA